GCUUUCAAGUUGGUGGCGACGGCACGGACGUUCUGUCUUCACUUGUCCUGCAAAUAUGUCUGACUCUUCGGAUGUUCAGACACCGAUAUCAGAAAAUCUUGGUCUUUUUCCAGACAAGAAAUUCUACAGUAUUUAUGCUACGCCUGACAAUGAAGAGACCGUACAGAAAACAUAUGUCAUGCUUAAGAGAGGUCUCGGUAUUGGCUCCUAUAUAUCUGUUUGUGAGAUGAUCAGCUUUUCCAAGCCCACUACACCAUUUACAAUGCUGGGUAGAUACUGCAGUGUAUGCUUACCCAUUGCUGCUAUGGCAGUAUCCUACCCUGCCGUUGUGGGCAUUACAUCAAAUCUGCGGAAUGAAGAUGGCCCAUUAAAUCAUUUUAUUGCGGGAUUUGUCUCAGGAACAAUAUUAGGAACACGCAUGAAGAGCCAUAAGAUUGCCUGGGGAGCUGGACUUGCUCUUGGAUUUAUAGGCGUGUGUAUGAAGCACAGAGCAAUAGAAGGUUGGGAAUGGACAAAACCACCCUACAAGUCCCGAGGUUUCUUCCACCAGUAUGAUUAUACGCUGGUGCCGGGAAUGGAUCAUCGCAAAUUGGAACCCUCUGAUAAUGCUUAAUAGACCUUUAAUAGAUGUUUUCUUCCCAUCUAUAACUGGUUUGACUGGAAGACCCUAUGAUGGUCUGUUAGUCAGGAGGUAGUAUACCCUCAGCCAUACAUAGGACUAAAUACAUAGGUGUGACAAUGGAAAUUUGAAGUGCUAAAUCUCACACUGUGGAGUACAUGGAUGUACAACUGUAUAAUUUCUCAGAUGUGUGAUGGUUACAUUUGUAACAAAAAUGUCAUGUGUUAAACUUAACUUGUUGAAUAAACUUUUUUUGAUGUAA